AUGCUAAUUUGUGGAGAAUGUGGUCAACCUCUUAGAAAAUUUAGAUAUGAUCUCGACUCGACACACUCAUUCCUGAUGUGUCCGAAUGAAAAUUGUGUUUUUCCUUUUCAUACAACAAAUUUUACAGAAUAUUUGAUGGAGGAAAAUAAAGAAGAAUUGGAGAGUGGUCAUCAUCCAAAAGAAUUGGCUUCUAAUCAAUCAAGUAGUAAUACUAUUACACCAAUAAUUGAUCUUUCAUCAUCACCUGUAAAAUAUUCAGUCACGGAAACAAUUCAUAAUGAGGAUGAGAUUUUCAAUUCUAUUUUUGAAGAUUAUCUUAAAUAA